GCGCCGGCCCUUCCCCUGCGAGCCGCCGCCGUAGGAUGAAGCAGCAUGAGGAUGUGUGACAGAGGCGUCCAGAUGCUCAUCACCACGGUGGGAGCCUUCGCAGCCUUCAGCCUGAUGACCAUUGCCGUGGGCACCGACUACUGGCUCUACUCGCGCGGCGUGUGCAGGACUAAGUCCACGAGCGACAACGACACGAGCCGCAAGAACGAGGAGGUGAUGACCCACUCGGGGCUCUGGAGGACGUGCUGCCUGGAAGGAACCUUCCGAGGAGUCUGCAAGAAAAUCGACCACUUCCCCGAGGAUGCAGAUUACGAGCAAGACACAGCUGAAUAUCUCCUCCGUGCAGUGAGAGCAUCCAGCAUCUUCCCCAUCCUCAGCGUGGGGCUGCUCUUCUUUGGGGGUCUCUGUGUGGCAGCCAGCGAGUUCUACAAGAGCAAACACAACGUCAUCCUCAGCGCCGGCUCUUCUUCGUACUCUGCAGGUCUCAGCAACAUCAUCGGGAUCAUAGUCUACAUCUCAGCCAACGAGGGACCAGGGCAGAGCGACUCCAAGAAGAGCUACUCCUAUGGGUGGUCCUUCUACUUCGGAGCCUUGUCCUUCAUCAUCGCCGAGAGUGGGGUGAUUGCAGUGCACAUGUACAUCGAGAAGCACCGCCUCCGUGCCAAGUCCCACUCCGAGCUGCUGAAGAAGUCGGCCUUCACCCGCCUGCCCCCCUACAGGUACCGGUUCCGCCGACGGUCCAGCUCCCGCUCCACCGAGCCCCGCUCCCGGGACCUCUCGCCGUCAGAGGGCUUCGGCACCAUCCCCUCCACCGACAUCUCCAUGUUCACCCUCUCCAGGGAUCCCUCCAAGGUCACCAUGGGGACGCUGCUCAACUCGGAGCGGGACCACGGUUUUUUACAGUCCAUAACUCCUCCCCAAGAGUUCAAGGAGUCUUUGCACAACAACCCGGCCAACAGACGAACCACGCCGGUCUGAGGGGGGCAGGGGCAUUUUGGGGGCUGCAUGACAUCAUUCUCGUGACGGUGUAACCCAUGAAAUCCCCUUUUAAGGACAACCCAGGCGGCUCCCCGUGCCCUCCACCCGCGGGGCUGGUUUUUCAACUUUUGAAAUGUCACCGGCUGGGCUAGGGCCCGGUGGGACCGGACCUCCGGUGUGGGGGGGCUGAGGGCUGUGCUGGGAGGGGACCAUGGCCGUGGUGCCCCAUGGACUGAGCGGGGCUUCCGUCACCACCCUGAGGGUGGCUUCCCUAGGUCUCCAUCGUUAGUGUUGCUCAUCACCGCAGUGUUCCCGUAGCUCUGUGUCCCAUGGAAGCGCUGUCUGUGAGAACCCUCCCCCUGGUAGUUACAUUUAAACAAAAUUGCCUGGAAAUCCGGAGUCUGAGGCACUGGGUCGGUGCCGAGUGCCGGGUUCUGAACCCCCUUUUCCUGUCACGGUGGAUGGAGUGCUCAGGCUGGGUCUCUCCGUGGCGUUUCGUGCAUGCAUUAAAUAGCUUGGAAUUCAAUUUUGUCAUGUUGGGUUGGAAGAAACAUCCUUUUGCAAUUUUCUGUGGUCUUGAAAGGGCUUCUUUCUUCUUCCUUUCCUUUUUCCUUCCUUUGGUGCAUUCAGGCCGUGAAAGGACUCAGGAGCAGAUUCCUCCGACGACUGGUAGCAAUUAACCAGAGUAUAAUUAACCUCUAAUGUUGCAAGAAUAUGAAUUAAUUCCCUAAAAUUAAUACACACAGAGUCACAAAUUUCUGUCUAGGCACAACCAAGGAGGCAACGCUUGAGCUGGUGGUACCGAGGCUGUGCUGGUGGCCGGGCUGUGUGUGUGGUGUGUGGGUCUGCACUGCCGGGACAGCGCCGAGAAAGUCACAAUAAAAUUGUCCAGUUGGCACA